AUGGGUGACCCUUUCCAGCAAGGGACCCAUUCCUGUUCAGGUCCUGGCCCUGAGGACUGCCAGAACCUAGGCGAAUAUAUCUUGCUCUUUCUGGGCUUCAUCAUCUUCAUCAACAUUGGAAUCAAUGUGGCGACUCUGCUCCGGUACCGCUUUGAGGGCUCUCUGAACCAAAUAUUCCAUAAAUUUUUUCAGGAAGAUAACAUGCUCGAGCUGGCCCCAAUCAUUCCCAAGAAUCUGCUCAUCCACAGGCCUCAAGCACUGAAGCAGAGAUGGAGAUCUCCUGUCUAUCAGGACCCUCCUGUCAGUAGAAACCCUCCUAUCUGUCAAAAUCCUACUGUCUGUUGGAAAGUUCCUGUCUGUCAGAACCAUUCUGUCUGUCAGAACCCUGCUGUGUCUCAGAACUCUGCUGUCUGUCAGAACCCUACUGUCUGUGACCUCUGCACUAUGGAUUCUGUGACUCUUGAUCUGACCCCACCAGGCUCCUGCCAGCAACACUCAGUUUUCUCACCAGAACCUAACCAAUGUCUAGAUGCCGGGCUUCCCAAUGGAGAUGACAAGAUUUCCCAGUACCAGCAACCUGGCAAUUCCCCUGACAAUUGUCAAUAUGACCGGGACUCUCGAAGGCCUCAGGCAUACUGGAAAGGGUUAUCAGCUUGUCUGCCAUUCCCUGGGGUCCAUUUCCAACAAUACCUGGGAAGAUCAGCCAAGAGGGUGGAAGCAAAGUCCAAGAUGGGGCUUGAAGCUUGUGUGUACCCCAUUAACCCCUCAUCACAUAAUGCUGAGACUCAGAGCUGCAAAGAGAAUACAGAACCAGGCAUGUAUGGAUAUUCCCCCCAGUUCCUCCACCAGGUUACAGUCAGCCCUCUAAGCUGCAAUCCCAUGUCCUCCACAAACCAUGUCAUGUACAACGACUGGAAAAAGAAGAGGCAGGUAUCAAGUAGGGGUGCUGACAGCUUGCCCCAUGCAUGCCCCCCAGACUCUCUUGAAAAGCCAAGCCAGGACUGGGUAUACUACUCCCUGGAGGAGUGGUAG